AUGUCUGGACUGCGACUGCAAGGCUGCCGCUCCCUUCACCUAAACGAAGACAACGGCCGCUUCUUGCUUCUCGCCAUCCUAAUUAUACUCUACUUGCUUUGCGGUGCUGCGGUGUUUUCCGCAGUCGAGAGGCCCUCGGAGCUCCAAGCCCACGGGCGCUGGAACAAGGCACUUUUCAACUUCAGCGAGACAUUCAACAUCAGCCUGCAGGAUCUGAACGCUCUCCUCCGGGACUACGAGGCUGCUAUCGCCGCCGGCAUUCGAGUUGAUUCUUUAAGACCAAGAUGGGAUUUUACAGGAGCUUUUUACUUUGUUGGGACAGUGGUGUCAACUAUAGGCUUUGGGAUGACCACGCCAGUGACAGUGGCCGGCAGGGUGUUCCUCAUCUUCUACGGCCUGCUGGGCUGCGCCGCCACCAUCCUCUUCUUUAACCUCUUCCUGGAGCGCAUCAUCACGCUCCUGGCCGUGGUCAUGAAGGCCAUCCGGCUGCGGCGGAUGCGCAACAGCGGGCUCCUGCCGCCGGGCAUCUCGACGGACUUCGCCGUGAGCGCGCUCCCCGGCUGGAAGCCGUCCGUCUACUACGUGAUGCUGAUCCUGGGCCUGUCGGCCAUCGUCAUCUCCUGCUGCGCCUCCGCCAUGUACACGCCCGUGGAGGGCUGGGCCUACCUGGACUCGCUCUACUUCUGCUUCGUCACCUUCAGCACCAUCGGCUUCGGCGACCUGGUGAGCAGCCAGAACGCCGCGUACGACCACCAGGCGCUCUACCGCCUGGCCAACUUCCUCUUCAUCCUGCUGGGCGUCUGCUGCAUCUACUCGCUCUUCAACGUCAUCUCCAUCGUCAUCAAGCAGGUGCUCAACUGGAUCCUCAGCAAGGUGUGCUGCCAGCGCUGCAACAAGCCCAACGCCUUCCUGGGCCGGCGGAACGCCAUACGGCCCGGCUCGCGCAUCCGCUGCAGCCAUAUCAGCCGCGGCAACGACUCGGACGGGCACGGCGACAGCGACACGGAGGGCCGGCGGCUAUCGGGGGAGAUGAUCUCCAUGCGGGACUUGGCCGCCUCCAACAAGGUGUCGCUGGCCCUCAUGCAGAAGCAGCUGUCCGAGACGGCCAACGGCUACCCCCGGACAGUGGGCGGCGGCUCGCGACAGAACGGCUUCUCGGGCGGCGUGGGGGCCCUUGGCAUCAUGAACAACAGACUGGCUGAGACCAGUAACUAG